CCGGAAUAUAAGAUAAGUUGAAACGUGACCUAGCUCUGGCUGUUAUCAGAAUAAAUUUUUUCUGAAAUGAGGACAAAAGUCGGAAUCAUAAACUAUUUAUGUUUGAGUAUCGUGGCGUUACUCCGCGUAAGUUCAGGAGACUACGCAUGCGCUGAUGUGAACACAGACGCUUGCAAGUUGAUGCAUCGCGAUCAGCCGGGCAUUUGUGAUACAAGUAUCGGAGAUACAGCUUGUCCGAGAUAUUGCGGGAAAUGCCCUCUUGAAUGUUUCACCUCCUCAAAUCUUGUGCCAGACCUUUCCCAGAGUAACACAUUUGUUUGUGAUGUGGACCAGGUUUGUUAUUCAAUGGAGGUUACAGAUUUUGAUCAGAGUCACGGCUUCCGCGGCGGAUGUAUAGGCAAAGAGGUUUGUGUUCCACAUGCGGCUUUGACUCCUCAGAUAUUUGGUAGAAGUUCAAGCGCCGUGCAUAUACAAUGCUGUGAUACUGAUAGAUGUAACGGGCGUAAGUUAAUUAUUUACCCCACCCAUCAA